CUCUCUCUCUCUCUCUCUAUCACACACACGCACGCACGCACGCUCACUCACUCUCUCUCACACACACAGUGACUGGGUUCUGGUGCGCUCCGGUGAUGGAAAGGAAAUGAGGGCGCGUCUUCUACGACCAUGCCGCUACCCCUCUCCGAUGACUCGGGCUCGUGCUGCGACCUCCUAUGCGGGGAGGACGCGGGAGCGCUCGCCUAUGACUCGCCGGGUUACUCCACCGAGCCCGAGUUCCCGGAGGACUCGGACGAGUCCAUCGCCGGGUUCAUAGAAGGGGAGACCGACUAUUCGCCCCGCUUCGACUACUCGGACCGCUUCCGGUCCCGCUCGCUCGACCCCUUUGCUCGCCAGGAAUCCGUCGCCUGGAUCCUUAAGGUGCACGAGUACUACCGUUUCCGUCCACUAACGGCGUAUCUUGCCGUUAACUAUGUGGAUCGGUUUCUCUCCUCUCACCGAUUGCCGCAGUCAAAUGGAUGGGCAUUGCAACUCUUAUCAGUGGCUUGCCUCUCCCUGGCUGCAAAGAUGGAGGAAACUCUGGUUCCAUCCCUUUUAGACCUUCAGGUUGAGGGUACAAGGUUCAUCUUUGAGCCUCGAACAAUAUGCCGAAUGGAGCUUCUUGUCCUCACUGCAUUAAACUGGAGGCUACGAUCUGUGACACCUUUUACGUUUAUUGAUUUCUUUGCUUACAAGGCUGAUCCCACUGGAACACAUGCAAGAUAUCUGGUUUCACGUGCUACUCACAUUAUUUUAGCAAUGAUUCAUGAUAUUGACUUCCUGAAUCACUGCCCAUCAUCAAUAGCUGCGGCUGCCAUAAUUUGUGCUGCUGAUGAGACACAGGAUUUGGCUUUUGUUAAUCCUGGACGUGCAGCGUCCUGGUGCAUUGGACUGACAGAGGAGGCAAUAUCUAGUUGCUGCCAGCUAAUGAAUCGAGUUGCCAUCGAGCACAAGCAGAGAAAGCCGCCGAUGAUCCUCUCGCAGCUCAGGGUAACAACCCCACUUAGCAUGGGUUCUGGAGUCUCCUCUUCCUCUUCUUCCCCACCCAAUAAAAGGAGGAAGCUGGACGACAAUUGCCUAUGAGUGGGUGAUGACGAGAAGGUCUCGUAAGAAAUAAAAUGAUGAGAAGGGGGAAAAAAGAAAGGGGGACCUUAAGAAAUAUUAUAGCUAGUAGAUAAUUCUUCUUAUUGGGUUUGCAGAUUCCUCAGUAUUUUUCAGAGGAGUUCGGUUGGUUGGUUUAACGGAGUGUCUAGAUUAGUAUAUUGGUUGUGUCCAGGAGUUAGGCUUCGUGGGUGAUGAUUUUAUUCUUUGUUUUUGCAUCUAAAGUCAUUUCAUCAGUGGGGCUUUUGCUAUUUAUAUAAGCCAUGAUGGCACUAGAGCUGCAGAUUCCCAAGGGUGGGGGAUCUGCCAUUCUAGUGUGGGGGGUGAAAGUAUGAGAGAGAGUUGUGGUUUGUGGAGGGCGUGCAGGUUAUUGAAAUCAAAGGCUGCAUUCAUUGUUGAAUGGAAAAGAGGGAGAUGGUGGGUCCUUUUAGGACCAUGAAUAAAAGAGGAGGCAUUCAAGCUACGGUGGUAAUUCAGAGGACCAAAACAAAAAAAAGAAAGAAAGAACUCUCCCAAGUUCAGAGCGUUCCAUCGUUUCUCCAAACUUUCAUUCUCCUUAGCCACUAUACCAAUAUUUAUCCCUUUUUUUUUUUUGGUUUAUGUCUUCUUUCUAGUGAUGUGAUUAUGAGUGUCAUCCAUGCAUGCGUUUGCUUACAUGCAUGUGAGUCUGGAGAGACGAUAUUUAUCUUUAGCCUAAGACUACGGCUAACUCUCUGUAUAAAGACCUUUGGAGGGUCUUUGAGGAUCUUGUUUAUGUGAAACUUAUAAAUAAAAAAUUGGAAUGUAUCUAUUUAUUUGUAAAAGUCUUAUAGUUUCAGAG